UUAAAAGUUUGAUCAUACAACAAUGGUUUUAUUAUUUAUUUUGUUGGGCAUUUUACAAGGAUAUGCUCAUUCGUCUGCCAAAACACCAAGUUCUCAGGCCCUCACAAAUAUAAAUCAUAGCUCAUAUUCAGCUACAUCUGAAGUUACACCUGCUGUGAGUUCAGGGUCUUGGACUACCAAACUUCGUGACUGGCUCAUUUAUUUCCUUAGUCUGCUAACAAAAGUUUUCGGUCCUCACAGCGAGUUCAUGCAAAAACUUUUGGGUCUAGUUGAUAAGACAACAUCCGUUUCCCUGACUUUCCAUUUGACCUAAGCAUCGGAAGAGGAAUACGAACAACGUGCAAUGUACUUUUUCGAGAAGGAUUUGGAUAUAUUUGAAAUAAUUGGAGUUAUGAUCAUUAAACUACACUUUUUAUAUCCUGAAUUUUGUUAAACUACCUACAUGUUUCAUGAUGCAACGAAGUUAAUAUAAACCAAUGUCUUUG